CGUUAAUACAACAACAUCCGGUUCCUCUACAAGAUUCGUACGUGGCUCUCAACAGUCGACUAAAUAUUAAUUAAUUUAGCCGUCAUGAAGAAACAAAAUGAACUAAUGGACAAAGCAGAAGAUGUGGCUGAUCAGGUUCUACGCCACUCCAAGCACAUCCUACCACACGUGGCCAGAUUCUGCCUGAUCAGCACAUUCCUCGAGGACGGCAACCGAAUGUGGAAACAGUGGGGUCAACAGCGGGACUACAUGAACAUCUCUUGGGGCUGUGGUUACUUCCUGGGCACGGUGUUUGUGGUCGUCAACAUGUGCGGUCAGCUUGGCGGGUGUGUAAUGAUCCUGAGUCGACAGAAGGUUCCCAUCGGAUGUGGCAUCCUUUAUUUUCAUAAUACCAUUACACUACAGUUAUAACAAAUG